CCAUCGCGUAUGUAAUCGGGCAGUCUUAUAACCGAUGCUUAUGUGAGUAACAACUGCUCCCAAGACCAAUAAGUGCCCCAUGUGUGUCUUGAAGUGUUUUGUAUUCACGAUAACACCAGUGGGGAAGACAGCUACUCCGUAAACGAUACAGUGACGGCAAGAUGGGUGAUGGGGAAACAACCAGGCUACGGCGGGUGAUUCUGGCUCUGGGAAUUCUUAGUAAUUGUAUCGUAACAGCUAAUGCAGAUGACUUCCAACAGAUCAACAUCACUUCAGAGUCACCCACGAACAUAACUUCCCCGGGUUAUGGUUCCUCCAACGGAUACCCUACACAAAGCUUCACCACAUGGGUCAUCACAGCUCCACAGGGCACUAUCAUCAGCGCUAGAAUCUUAGACUUCCAGGUGGAGGGACACAACAGCGCAAGAGACGACCUAUUCAUUGGGAGUGGUCUGAACUAUACCACGGUGUAUGAGGGGUAUAGACUACCCCCAGAUAAAAGUGUUGGAGACCGUGGAGAGGUGAGGCAAAUCAUCUCAUCCGGCCCGGAGAUGUGGAUGGUCUUCAAGACGGAUGUCUCAAACAAUCCGCCGCGAGAUGGUUUCAAGAUUCAGCUGAGCGUACUUUCUGAAACAGAGUCGUGUGCUUCGAAUGAGUUUGGUUGCCACGAUGUGAUCUUAGUGUGUAUGGAUGAAAGAGUGGCUUGUGACGGUCCACCACACUGUGCUGACGAGUCGGAUGAAAUGCAAUGCGAACACUGCGGACAAACUGACAUCGAUCUUUCCGUGGUGGACACGUACAAUUUGACGUCACCAGAAUACCCUAACGACGUCCCCUAUGAGAUCCUCUGCCAUUGGCUGGUGACGGCACGUGACGACGCCCACGUGCUCCUCUCAUUCGUCAACUUUAUUUUGGACGAGAACCAAGAUUCAUUCUCCGUCGGCACUGGGCAUGAUCCGAGCAAUAUGACGUCAUUGGUGCUAAAGCGCAGUGUUAGCGUUACGCCUAUGGGGAUGGUGAUCAAAUCAAACCGGAUAUGGCUCGCGUUUAAGACUACGGGCCACCAAACACUCUUAAGUGUACUGCAGAUUUCGCUGCGAGUAAUCAAACCAAUAGUGUGUCAAGAUGGAGAAUUCCCAUGCGAAUCUGGUUUGGAAUGCGUGCCGCAAGCAGCUGUAUGCAACGAGUUACCAGACUGCUUAGACCACUCCGACGAAUUGAACUGUCACGAUUCACCCUCGUGUCAUGGGACGUGCUCUUGCUUGGAGAGAGGGAACAUUUGCAACGGCGUCGCGGAUUGUCCAGACUACUAUGAUGAACUAUUUUGUGAGCCAUGUGGUGAUCCUUUCAUCCAACUCACAAACAACGACACCAUAGUCAAUCUGACUUCACCACGAUACCCCUCACUUUAUCCACGUGAGAUGUCUUGUAUCUGGCUCAUCACUGCCUCAAAAAACCAUCGCAUCCGUCUUCGCUUCUUAGACUUCAAACUCAACGUAGAAAUCCUGUCCGUUGGAGACGGGCACCGGCCAAGCGACGAGAACAGCCUAAUCAUGCAACGAUUUGGUGUGACAACACCGGUUAUUGUUACCAGCGCAGAGUCGAAGAUGUGGAUCACGUUCGAGACAUUUUCAGUCUCUUCUAUAUUUCGAGGAUACUUCCUGCAGAUAUCGCAGUUUGUUACAGUUGAGUGUGGCGCUGAUGAAUUUAGAUGCACUUCUGGAACCCAGUGUUUGCCAAACACGCACAGAUGUGAUGAUAUAUCACAGUGCCUUGAUUUCACGGACGAAAUUGGCUGCGAUGACUCGUGUCCAGCCGACCAUUUUUCCUGCCAGACUUCGGCAUGCCUGGUGCCCUAUGGGUUAUGUGAUGGAACAGUGGAUUGUGAAAACUUCAAAGAUGAAACGGGAUGCGACACUAUGUGUGGAGAGCGCAACAUUGAGCUGACAAAGUCACUGCCAGUGUACAACUUAUCCAGCGUGGAACUAACAUCCCUUGACAUUCUAACGUCGGCAUACCCUCCCAGGUACUCGUGCCUUUGGACGGUAACCACCACCUCAAGCCUACAGAUUAUACUCAAGAUUAUGUACAUCAAGCUGCACAAACUUAGGGGGGAUGUCAUCAUUUUAGGAAACGGGCAUGACCCGUCCAUCAGGUCAACCCGUAUCGCCAUCUUUGAUGGGGAUGAUGAUAAAAUCGUAUUGGGUAGGACCUAUCUGUCAUCUGAUUCGACAAUGUGGAUCACCAAAAUGGCUAUUGAUGAUUCCCCCGUUAUUUGGAGAGCUUUUCAAUUCGUACUAAGAAGGUAUAACAGCUCAGGUGAAUGUAAUGAGUUCCGAUGUCGUCACGAUUCACAUUGUAUACCCGAAAGUGCAGUGUGUGACGGCAUUGCUAACUGCGGUGACUACAGCGACGAACAUCAUUGCGAGCACUGUGGUGUGGAACACUCAACAGACAUCGAUCUAACGUACACCACCGAAGACGCACCCCAUAUUUUAUCCGUCAUUCUCACCAACGAAGCGAAGGAGUUCCGGUUCGGUAAGGACUGCCUGUGGGUCAUCACGGCACCCAGCGGCUCUCGCAUCCAGAUAAGAUUCCUACAUAUUCUUCUCUUGUCAGAUUCCUAUUACAUUAAUGGCAUCGUGGUCGGUAACGGACACAACCCAGUGCACGAGUUCAGCGUCAUCAUGUCGAGCUCGGGAAAGGUCAUUCCGGAAAUAGUGACGUCAUCGAAUGCGACGAUGUGGAUUACGGUGAAUACGUAUUACCUGCAAUUUGUGGAGGGUUUUUCGGCAGCUUUGAGUCAGUAUCAUCAGCGAGAAUGCUCCCCUGAUCAGUACAUGUGCCCGUCUGGUCUAAAAUGUAUUGAUCAAUCACAAGUGUGCGAUGGGGAACCAGACUGCCCAGAGCUGGAAGAUGAGUUUGGAUGUGGCAUCUGCUCCUUCGAUCUUUUACGAUGUGAUGAAGGGGCAAAGUGUUUGGAACGGAGUCUAGUCUGUAAUGGCGAAAAGGACUGCACAGACCGCUUGGAUGAACGAAUUUGUGCUCCUUGCGGUGACUUCAACGUCACCCUGCCACGUGACACAUCUCAGCCAAUGGAAUUCUCCCUACCAUCAUACGGAAUAGUUGACUAUCCAUCCAGAACGAUCUGCGUCUGGUUCAUCACCGGUCAGCCUCAUUACCAUAUUCAAAUUGAGUUCUUAAGUUUCCGGUCAGAGGUCAAAUCUGACACAUUGAGGGCAGGCAAUGGGCACUCCCCUGGUGAUACUGACUCGCAACUACUGACUGGUAUUAGUGGCACAGAGGCACCCCGGAUUAUCGUGUCAGAAGAUCACUAUAUGUGGAUUAAGUUCACAACGGAUAUAGGGAAGACUGACAAGGGAUUUCUGUUAUCCAUCACGCAACAGAAUGAAACAGUUGAAUGCAAUGAGGACGAGAUGUCUUGUCCAAACGUACCUGGAGUGGUUUGCUUAUUGCAUAAAUCUAGAUGUAAUGGAAUUCCGAUAUGUCCAGAUGGAUCCGAUGAAGACCCUUCAACGUGUGGUUCGUGUGGUCCUGCCGUCAUUUAUCUCUUUGGAACCGCCACUCACAACCUAACCUCCCCUGCCUACCCGUCCGUGUACCCCAGCGAUCAGCAGUGUGGCUGGCUCAUACAAACCUACGAGAAACCCUCAGACAAUGAGCUAUCAACAACAGACAACCCGUGGAGACUUAGCGCUACCAUCGUUGCCUUCGACUUGGAGAACCAGUACGACUACCUGUCUCUGUUCAACUACGAGGACGACCAGGCUACCGAUAUAAUAGCAAAAUUGACGGGGAGGGUUAAGCUGACCACGGUGGUGUCCUCCGGUCCGGCGAUGUUUAUAAGAUUCACUAGUGAUAAGACAGGAGCGAGGAGUGGCUUUAAGAUUCGCUUUCAACCCAUUAAUCAUAAUGCCACAAUUAGUUUCUGCGAGGAGGGCGACUUUGACUGUGCAAACAAUGCCAUGUGCGUGUCUGACGACGCAAAAUGCAACGGUUUCAACGAUUGUUUGGACUACAAAGAUGAGAUCAGUUGCUCUGAAAUCAACUGCCCUGGCGACUAUGAAUGCGCGAGUUCGAUUACAACUGAUGCUGACUUGGUCAACUUUCAGUGUAUUACGAUGGAUCUAGUGUGUAAUGGACGGACUGACUGCCCAAAAGAGGAUGAUGAAAUACAAUGCGACAAGAAGAAAUGUCCGGCGGAUUGCGAUUGUUUCUAUGACAACAAUGGAUUAGCGAUCAUGUGCUCGGGAUCUUGGGAUCAAAACACAGUGGAUGUGAUUGCCAAGACGGUCUACACAUUGAGUCUUACAGGGGGGAACGUCACUGUUCUAAGAAAAGGGACAUUUAAAGGAAUGUUAUCUCUUCAUACAUUAUCUUUAAGUAACAAUAACAUCAAGACAGUGGAACCGCGGACGUUUGAUGGAUUGGAUAAUCUAACAUGGCUUGAUAUAUCAGGAAACCAGAUAGACGAACUUCAAAGUUAUUCGUUUCAGGAACUCAGACGUCUCGAAGGACUGACCUUGUGGAAUGUGCCUGUAAAUCAUAUUCGUGACUAUGCUUUCAGUGGACUUCAAAAUCUACAAAAGCUGGCAAUCGUUCGUGGAGUCAAAAACAAGGCCGCUGUGGCCAUUGAUGCGUUUGAAGGAAUACCUCAUUUACAAGAACUAAUUGUGGACGACCAUCGACUAUGCUGCUACUUCCCUGGUGUUACUUGUACCUCCCUUGAGCCCCGCCCACCCCUCUUCAUGUGCAGCAACCUCAUGCCAAACACUGCUCUGCGCAUCUUCAUGUGGAUCCUCGGUAUUAGCGCCCUCGUCGGCAACCUCGGGGUCAUUCUCUGGCGUUUCCGCGAGAAGAACAGCAAAUCCAGUAAGAUUGUUCAUUCGUUUCUGGUCUUCAACCUGGCCGUGUCGGACUUGUUAAUGGGGGUGUACAUGCUGAUCAUAGCUUCUUUUGAUAUUUACUACGGCGACGAGUACUUCUUACACGCCAGCGAGUGGCGGUCAAGCAUAGGAUGUAAGAUAGCGAGCGCCAUCAGUAUUUUAUCCAGCGAAGCUUCGGUGUUUAUCGUCACCGUCAUUACUGUAGAUCGGUUUUUGUGCAUUGUUUUGCCCUUCAGUCAGUUUCAUCUUCGGCGGAAAUCCUCAAGGAUCACCCUGUUCAUUGUCUGGUGUGUCGCUCUGACGGUUAGUCUGGUGCCAACACUCCUUGCCGAUGAGGAGUCAAACUUCUACGGACUUUCUGAUGUGUGUAUCGGCCUCCCGCUAAGAACCAGACCAACGACCUUCUCGCAGGUCACCAAAAAUGUUGGCAGUCCGAUCUCGAACGGGACGUUUAGCAUCCCGGUGGCCCUGACGUACGAGCCCUCGUGGGUCUUCUCUAUAAUCUUAUUCCUUGGGGUCAACUUGCUCUGUUUCUUGACCAUCCUCAUAUGCUACGUGGUCAUUUUCAUCCACGUCCAAAUCUCGGUCAAACAGGUCAACCGUCACAUGCACCGAUUUGAAGAAAUCAAGAUGGCCGCCAAGAUGGGUCUGAUCGUGGGUACUGAUCUGUUGUGUUGGUUACCGAUCAUAGUGAUGGGCAUUGCGGCUCAGUUUAAUGUCAUCAUACCAGUGGAGAUGUACGCCUGGUCUGUGGUUUUCAUUUUACCUAUUAACUCUUCCCUCAACCCGUAUCUAUACACAGUCUCUUCUUGCAUUGCGGACCGUCGUCGCGGUCAGAAGUCCAUGGUUACGAUGACCAAACGGAGCGGAACAAUGCCUCCUUUACCGAUGACUGAUAAAGUAAACUUUGAGAAAAGUUUGCAGACUCAGGAAUUCAGCGUCAUAGAUUAAGAAGAAUGAAGACACUUGGUUUGUGAUUUCAGACCAAGUUGUAGAAUUAUUUGAAGAUAACUAGGUGUAAAUUUUACCUUUAAAGCAAAGGAAAUCUUAAGUUUGGUUCUGAAAAGAACCGAUCAGUUGAAGAACAAAGGAAUGUCAACAAAGUGUAUGCAACACAAAGCUGUGCGUUCUACACUUUGCGUAUGGUCUUUCCUAAAUUGAAAUGAUUCACUUUAUUAGAAAAUGUCCUUGAUAGAAAGUCGUUUGUACAAAACAAUUUAUUUGUAUGACUUCAAUAGUUAGGUAAAGUUCUAUGCAUAAAUACAUGUAUAUAUAAUGUGUACAAUAUGUAAUUUUUUAUUUAUACAUUUCCAAAUUGCCGUUAAAUUGUUUUGUUCAUUCCGUGGAUGGAGUAUUUAAUUUUUAUUUGAUCAUUCCAAAAAUGGAAAUUCAUUAAUAUAUUUUGCCAAGUCUUUCAGUUGUUAAAGUUAUGGAUUUUAGAAUGUUUUACAUCUUUAAACCCUGCAGUGAUGACCACUGUCAGCAUGUGAUGUCUUUAUAUCACGUUGCAUACUCGCUGCCAAAACACAGGAUUCGAACUGCCUCUAGCCUACCAGGCAAUCUCGGUAGUCUAGUUGGUAAGACACUGCUCUAGAAUUGCAA